UAGCCCCUGCUUAGCUCCGCGGCGCCCGCACUUCCCUGGGCACUUGGCAUCUCCAGCCCCCGCUGCUGUUCUGCGAGGAACCAGCGAGAGCGAGAGGCGCUCGCCGCGGACGCGAAGCGGAGCACGGGGCUGAUUGCCGGAAGUGGGGGCCUGGGCUGAGCCUGCCGGUUAGAAAUGGGGCCGAGCGGAGGCGAGGCCGGCUCGGGUUGGCGUUAGGGCGCAUGGGGCUGGCUGCCGGGCUGCGAUGAGGGGCAGUGCCUGCUGCCUGCCUGCGCCGCGGAGUUAGCGUCUCGCGAGCCGCCGUCUCGGGGAGUCCUUCCCCCUCCCCACCUCGGGCUUGCAAUGUGGCUCCUGCGCUUCUUCCCCAGCGCCUUGCUGGUCUUGGGGCUCGUUUGCAGGCGUGAAGCCUUGGUCAGCUCCAGCGCGGGUCUUCUUGAACUCUCUUUGGACAAGUUCAGAAAUGUGCUACUUAACAAGACCAUCCCAAUGGAAGCUGUAAUAAGGAAUAUUGCAAGCAACGUGACUGUUGUUAUUUUUCAAGUACAUUCCCACCAAAAAAAUGUAACCAUCUCUUUUGAUAAGAAUCCCUCUGCAAAUAGCUCAGGAACUGGAGUAGACACAGGGUUAGUUUCCAUCCUUCGGCCUCAGCAGGGUGUGUGUACAUGGUACCUGCAGUCUCCGGAUGCCAGCCAAGUGUUGAGCACAGCUGUUUCUUUCGCUUAUUCUGAGAGAGAUCCUAUCCCUGGAGGCUGCAAUCUGGAAUUUAACUUGGAAGUUGAUCCCAAUAUUUAUUUAGAGUAUAAUUUAAUUGACACACGCAUCAAGUUUGCCCCUGCAAACUUGGGAUAUGCCAGAGGUGCCAACCCUCCCACGUGUGAUUCAGGGACAGGCCAGAACUCUAGAUGGCGACUGCACUAUGACAUCUAUCAGUAUUUCUUACCAGAGAAUGAUCUCUCGGAAAGUGCACUUCUGAACCACCUGCGAAAGAUGUCUGAUGUGCAGAGUGUCCGAGCUAAUGGCAUUAGACUGGUUUCCUUAACAACUGAUGAAAAGACCAAUGUACACUUCUCCUCACUCCCUGGACAAGGAGUGAUCUAUAAUGUCAUUGUGUGGGAUCCACUUUGGAAUACCUCUGCUGCAUAUGUACCUGUUCAUACCUAUGCCUGUAGCCUCACUGCUCUCGUGGAUAAUUGUUUCUCUCUUAGAAGACUCUCCACCAAAAUAUUCUUCACCGCUUUUGCUGUUCUUGGUCUCUUUAUUUGCUUCUUUGGUCACAGGUUCUGGAAAACAGAUUUGUUCUACAUGGGCUUCAUCGUCACAGGAUUCAUUUUCUUUGUAAUAUUUGCUAGAAUAGCCUCCCUUAGCUAUGAUGUUUGUCUGAUUCUGACAGCAGUAGCAGGACUUGUUGGAGGGCUUCUCUUGGUUGCUUAUUGGUGGAGAUUUGGCUUUGUCCUUCUCUGUAUGUUGAUUGUUGGACUUGUGCUGGGAUUCUUCUUCUCAUCAGUGAUCUUCUUCACUCCACUAGGAGACUACAAGGUUUUUCGUGAUGAUGCUGUGUUUUGGGUGACCUUUUCCUGCAUAGCAUUGAUGGUGCCAAUAGUCUUUGUUGGCUGUCCAAGAAUUCUGAACAUAUUGGCCUGUGGCAUAAUAGGCUCUUAUUCAGUUGUCUUAGCUAUUGCUUGUUACCUGUACACAAGCCUCGCUUACAUCACAUUGGACCUACUCAGGAGGAUUCUGAAUGAUGAUUUCAGCCAAGCUUACACCAAUGUGCCCUUCCAAACAAAUGAUUUCAUCAUCUUGGCAGUAUGGGGGAUGCUGGCAGUCAGUGGAAUAAUGGUGCAGCUUCGCCGAGAGAGACGUGAGGUACCCUUCCCACCACACCCUUAUCGUAUCUGGAAGCGAGAAAGGGAGCGCAGGAUUACUAACAUCCUGGAUCCUAGCCACCACAUCCCUCCUCUGAGAGAGAGGAUCCAUAACAAACUAUCGCACAUCAAGGAGUUCUUCCGAAAAGAGCAGCCAGCUGGGGAAAGAACUCCAUUGCUUCUGUAAUUAACCAAAUGGUACACAUUGAUAGCUACUUAAAAUGGCUCUGAGCAUCUAAACUGAGCUGGUGAUGACCAGCAUCUGUCCAGCAAUACUGACUUGGUGUUCUUAUGACCUAAUCCUGCUUAACAAAGCUACAGUGUAUGCUGGACGUCGAAGACAAACCUUUAUCUAGCUGAUACGCUGAAUGGCGUCCUGUGCUUUUUCUCAGUGGCCCACUUGUCCUGCUGUAAAAACUUCUGGUUCCUGCAGAGACCUUGCACUAAGGGUGGAGUAUAUUUGAGUGCAAUGACCAAGGUGUUUCUCUUUGAGUCUUGUGUUUGUUGGAAAUGUUUAGGUAUGUAAAGUCUAAAAACAAACGCCUGAGAAGGUAACUUGUGAUUUACAUAUGUGCAAUGUCAAAACUCUUCCCUUGUAAUGGAUUUUCAAGAGACCACCUUGAUUCUCACCAGACAUGAGCAUCCUAUGCUGAACAUACAAGGGAAGAAAUACUAAAGACAGACUAGAUAUUGAAGUAGCCUAACUGCAGUGUCUUCACAACUAUUAAACCUUCAAUAUUGGUACGAAACCUUUUUAAUAGGUCUUUCAUAGGUUUGUGAACCAUCACAAACUGUACAGUACUUGCGUUUUAAUUGCACUGGAUUAACAUUUGUAUUUCUGUGUGUUCAGCAACUGGACUCUGCCUCAGAAAUCGAAUAAGUUUCCUUUUCACCCUCCCUUUUAAGCUAUCUGUGGGGUGGGAUGACGUCCUUUCAGUACCAAGAUGCUUGUCUGGUCUCUGCUUGAAGAGUUGCCCUGAGUCCUACAAGAAGCAGUGAGGCAAAGCUGGAGUUGUAAGUUGUCGGCUUGCUGAUCGAACACAAGAGUCCCCUCCCUUGCUUUAGCUUCCCUAAUUGCUUCUUAGAGCUAGGAACACCUAAGGGCUAAUGGCCUCCUUGUUUCAGCUACUGUACUUUGUAAAUAGCUUUGGUUCCUGAGAACUGAUUUGAGUUAGCUCUUCACAGAAGAAUAACCUCAAAUUCAGCACUUCUGUAUUGAAAUGCAGAUUUUUUUUUUGAGCUUGCUCAAAACACUAACCCUGCCUCUUAAUCAGUGCUUUUUCCUCCCCUCCCCUUUUGGGUUGAGGAUAGGAAGAAUAUACUGCAGGUAAAGUAUCGACCUGAAGCCUUGCUGGUUGGUAAUACAUAUACUUCUCUGACACUCCAGUUAGCACCCUGUGUGAAAGGAGUUACUAGACCAUCCUUCAUAUUCCCGAGAGCUAGUGUCCUUUGCUUUUUAAUCACUACUGGAGAAGUGAACAAGAGUGGCUUAGUUUGGAUCACUCAGUAAAACCACAAAUCCAAGCUUUCCUCCAGCUCCUCCUUCCUGGCCUCUAAAUGCAGUCCUUUCCCUUGGGUGUGUGUGUGGCAAUAAAGUCCAUACCUCCCAAGUCCUGAUCUAGCUUAUGCUGGCAGUUGUAACUCCUUCCACUUCCCUCAUCGCCCCCACCUGUAUACCUCUAACUCCUAGGCAGCAAACAGCAUUGACCUCUCUUGCUUUGUUGUAAUGCUCUUCAACUUCAUAUUAGAACAACCACUAACAAAUAGUAAAAUACUAAACUUAACAGUGCAACUUGAUGGCUAAACUGAAAUUCUUUCAAUAUGGGAUACCACCUUGAAUUACAAAGUGGUAAAAGAAUUGAGUUUUUAACUAUAGCUUUUGAAAGCUGCAAAACAUCUGAUGGCAUGAGUGGACCAGAACCUUAACAACAACAACAAGCCUUCCCUUGAAAUCUUGAUACUUCAGACCAUUUUAAUACUACUUAAGCUAAUUUUAAAAAUGUUCAUUAUGGGGUGAAAAUUAGUAAAGAAAAAUGUGCAAUAGUUUCACAGUUUCUUCAGAGGCUGAUUUAACUUAAAUCAGUCAUUCAUUGUGGGAGCUAAAAUGCAAGGGCCAGAUUAUAGCAUAGCUCAAGUGAAAUCAAUAGAACUGUGUUGACUUGCACCAGUUGAAGAUAUGGUCUUGAACAUGCUGUCUUUCAAGUGUCUCAAGGCGAAACCUGUUUCUCAUCAUCUACUGGACUGCUGCUCACUGACUACCUUUUAUAGCACUGAUGAUACUAAGUAACUUUGCCACAUCUGAUGGCUAACGUAGCAAACACUUAACUUGGAUAUAAAACUACCCUUGUAUAUGUUUACCUUGUUUUUAUAAUUGCCAUGAUUAACAUUGUGAAAGAGAAAAUGAGCGUUGCGUUUGUUUCUAUCUUUUAUAAUAAAGAUUUUUUUAAGAGUA